CGCGCAUGCGCAGAGGCGGAAGGGGCGUGGCGGGAACGGAGCGGAGCCCGCGUUUGUUGUUGUUGUCUUCGUCGUCGCAGCUUCGGCGGCGCCGCGUUCGUCGCCUCCGCUCCGCCAUGUCGAACCCUGCGGAGCUGCCGCAGCACCAUAACAACAACAACAACCCCUCCCCGCCCGCGGAGGCCACGCAGGCAGAGCCGGGCCUCAACAGUUCCUGGGUGGAGUUACAGAUGAAUGGCAAUGGCAAUAGCAACGAUAAUGGCAAUGGGAAAAAUGGGGGCUUGGAACACGUCCCUUCAUCAUCCUCCAUCCACAAUGGAGACAUGGAAAAAAUUCUCCUGGAUGCCCAACAUGAAUCAGGACAGAGCAGCUCAAGGGGUAGUUCCCACUGCGACAGCCCUUCACCUCAAGAUGACGGACAGAUAACUUUUGAUGUGGAAAUGCACACGAGUAAAGACAGCAGUUCUCAGUCUGAAGAAGAAGCAGUAGAAGGAGAGAAAGAGUUGGAAGUUUUGAAGAAGAGCGCUGACUGGGUGUCAGACUGGUCAAGUAGGCCUGAAAACAUCCCUCCAAAGGAAUUCCAUUUCAGACAUCCUAAACGUUCAGUGUCUUUAAGUAUGAGGAAAAGCGGAGCAAUGAAAAAAGGUGGCAUUUUCUCUGCAGAAUUCCUUAAGGUUUUCAUUCCAUCUCUGUUCAUAUCUCACGUUUUGGCUUUGGGACUAGGCAUCUACAUUGGGAAACGACUGACUACGCCUUCGGCCAGCACUUACUGAGAGAUGGAGCGCAAAACCUGGGAAUCCGUGUGACCUGUGAAGGUGUUCCUGUCCCAUUUAGUAAAUUUGACUUGAGACCAUUUUAAGCAUGACCCUGACUUUCACCCUUUCCUUACAUAUCCAGGUUUUUGCUAACUCUGGAAUUCAGUAUUGUGUUGGAACUCUGUUGAGGUGUUUCGCUAUCCACAUUCUUUCUUCUCUCUCCUCCCAUUCCCCUGCCUCUUGGCCUGCAAGACACGUCAGAGUUGCUGAACGGAGUUUACAAUUGUCUCGAUGUUGCAAGGGCUUCUCUCGAUGCAAAAUGCCACCAGCAAGUUUUAAUUUUAUCAGUUUGCCUCCUUAGCGCAACCUGACUCGCAGUGCGUGGUCGAAAUGUUGAACGGUGAUAAAAUUAACAGUCUCUGCGGGUGGAAAAACUAUUGAUUGGCGUGAAAAAUGCAUUUUUCUUAUGAAAAACAAGCUGGUUGUGAAAUAAACCAAGAAAGCGCUGGCAAUAAAACCAGUUUAAAUCAGCGUUUGGGGGAAUCGACGUGGCCCCUUGUAUUGGCAACCACCGUUUGAUUUGCAGGAGGUAAAGACUGCGUAAAUUUUAAAGCAGGAUAAUGAAAUCCAUCAGCGUAUUUUAAUAUUAGGUAAUUGUUGUAGUCUCGUCUUUUCUAUGAAUCCAGCUCCUUAUUCCUUGUAGGAAAAAAAAAACCCCUUUCCGAUGCCUAGAAAACAUUAGGAGAAAUCGCAUUGUUUGCAUGUGACGAAGCUUUUUCUUUUCCUGACCUGUUUUCUUAAGGGGAAAUUUUAAACGUGAGCUUUUCCUUUUACCGGUAGUUUUAAAUUAAGGAGAACCCCAACAGCCGUAGGUGUAGUUAGGCUUGGUGUAAACGGACGUGAUUCUCUUUGUUGUGGAACCAUUUACAGCCGUUUCGGAAAGGAAAGCGUUUGACUUAUCGAUACGGAGGGGACAAUCUCGCAGGUGCGUAAAGGCCUCAGAAGUUUUAAAAGCUCCGAAAUGUCUUCUGCAAAUGAGUUUUCGAUAUUCCUCUCUCUCAUUGUUUACUGUAAAGUCCCCUUUGGGGAUCUACGGAACCGGAAAGUCGCUCGUGCUGUCUCGUUUUAGAUAGACUCCUCUCACUGACGUCGUUGAGCUUUUAUCCUAGGGAACAUUCGAGCCUUGUCCUCCGCCGGUGACACUUCUCUUUGCAAAAUGUGAAGCUUUAGUACCAAAUUGUUACAAAGCAUUGGGACAGUCGUGUCCUUAAAAUAGAUUUUAUUGGGUUUCAGAACAUGUAGCAUGACUCUGAAGGAUAGAAUACUCUUUUUUUUAUAUAUAUAUGAAUAUAUUAAAAAAAAUAUGAUAUAGACUUUAAUACUAAGUAUUUAGGGAACCAAUGCUGAUUUUAAGACUAGCAAAAAUCUCAUUUAAAUAAGGAUUUUAGUAGGCUGACGUGUAGAAAAUGAUAAGAAGCUAUCGUCAGCCAGUUUGGAGAGAAGAGCUACCUAGAACUGCUUGCAUCGAACGCUGUCAAGCUGAUUAUUUCCUAUAGCAGCGAUUGCUUGGAACAGUUGAUGCAUAGAAGCUAAAUCCCAGUUAAGGGUUGGUUUAAAAGAACAGAACUCCCGGGAGGUCAAAAAGUGAAGCGUUUAAACCCACUGCUAAGCUAUAUUUAUUUCCCUUCCCUCCUUCCGACUGCCGUUCAGGGUGGAAGGGACGCAAAAUUGUGGCAGAGAUCUGCUUUUCCUCUUCGAGUUGUGGCACUACAACCGCGCCUUUCUUUCGAGUUGGGGGGAUGUGGGGCUUCACCCAGAGGUGGUUGAAACGGUGAAGGGUCGUUGAGAUGGUACCGAGUACAUCGUUUUACUGCCCUAAAACUGGAGGGUCAGGGGAAGGCUGGGACGCCUUCAGUUCUAAUCACAGCACCUUGUUUCGUAUGGAGAUGGCACUAGUGGAAAACCAGAUUUUUCCUCGGUGGGGAGUACUUUAUUCCCCGCAAAAUAUUACCCCUUUCUUAAUUAAAAGGUGAUUCUUCUUCAGGAUAUCUGAUAUAUAAUAUAGCAAGCUUGUGGCUAGAGAAUCAACACAGCUUAGAGCGUUUGAAGGCGCCGUGAAGUGAAAAUUGGGGAGAACUACGGAUGAGGAACGGAUGUGCGAUUGCUGUGACCUUGCUGUGAUAACAGAGCAGUGUUUAUCGAUACCCUGCUAUGGAAUUUUUUGGGAUGAAAGCCUACGACUUCUCAUUUUACCACGAACAGAAGCAGGUUGUCGUAUAAAACGGGGGUUUCAACUGUUGAUAGUUGAAGUUUUGUUAAGAUAAAUGUUGUUACAAAAAAAAAACAAAAAAAAGCUUUAUACCUGUUUACAGUUUUGGAAACAAAAAAAAAAUACCCGCAGGCUUCGUUUUUUUCUUACAUUCAGUGAAAACUGGCCUGGAAUAUUUGUAAAUAGGAUGAAAAACCAUGCAUAAACUCGCACAUGAAAAACGCAGCAGGCCGACAUCGCUGCAGCAGAUGCGUAUUUACGUACUGUUUUAAAACCCUGAAAGCUGAAGGUUGUUAGAAAUUCCGAUUUUUUUUUUUUAAUUGACACUUGUUGAAAUCUCGGAGUUAACUGAGCCAAAGUGAUUAUACGUUCUUCAUCGAUUAGUUAGCACUUUGUAACACUCUCUACAGUUUACAGUACCUGUAUAAGUUGUAGCUUAUAAACAUUUGUGCCAUUAAAGCUCUCACAAAA